GAGCAGGCAGCCUUCCCACAGGCUGGGGUUUAGCUCAGCCCUUGCUCUGCCUCCUCUCUCCCCCCGCAGGAGGCUCGGGAAUCUGCAGGGGCCAUUCAUUCCCUGUUGCUGGGCAAUCUGGCUACCGAAACCACAACAGCGUCAGUGGGGAUGGAGUCUGUCUGUCCUGGGCUCUGCCGCAGCUCCCAGCGCUGCCUGCAGGGAGGGGCACGGCAGCACCACCAUGUUCGCCACGGUGAGAUUCGGAGCCAACUGCCAAGAGAUGGUGAACCUGCUCUGCUGUGUCCAGACCCUCACAGGCCACCUGAAGUGGAAGUGUCAGUGCAGGCCUGAAGACUGCAUUGAUCUUCUGGAUGAAAAGGGCACCCUGAUGAACCUGAGCAAAGUGGAAGAUCCAGCAUCUGAAUAUGCCAGUAAAUACCUGCAGGGAAGGCAGCGCUACAUCCUCAUCAGAGCUGUCCGAGAAGAAAACUCUGAAGCCAUCUGCUACGAAUCCUUGCUUGAGGACCUGGGGAAACACUACCCUGAGCUCCCAGAUCGGCUGCAGCAGCUCUCAGCAAAGACUCAGAGGACAGAGCAGAGGAAGAAGGGCUCUUUGCAGAGAGCUCAGCCUCACACCAGCUCCCGAGCCAGGAACAGAACCACCUUACAGAGCAAGAGGAGCCUGGAACACAAGAGCACCCCUAAGUGAGGAACAGACCCAUCACUGGUCAGCACAGCCUCCACCAGGUUCUUAUUCCAGCACAGCAGAGUCCCCUGUACUGAGCCCCUCUCCCCCCAGAGCUUCACACAUCCCACAGCUGCACCCUGACAAACCCAGCAUCACAGCCAGGCACAGGCACCACCCUCCUGCUCCCCUGGCAUGGCCUGCAUCCCCAGGGACAAACCCAGCAUCACAGCCAGGCACAGGCACCACCCUCCUGCUCCCCUGGCAUGGCCUGCAUCCCCAGGGACAAGAACCUGCACCUCCUCCCCACCCAGCUGCACUCCCAUCACUGCUGGGGGUGCUGGAGUGGCCCUGCAGGGACUGCUCUGCAGUCUCCAGGAAAAGCUGCUCCAGAGACAGCCACAACUGCAGGAGCAGCUCUUUGCCAAGAUGGGUCAAGGGCAGAACACAUCUGCUGCAGGUGCUGCUUCUCCACCCAGAGCAAUACACCAACAGCCUAAUACACUUAUUUCUUAAAGGGAGUUAAACAGCUUUGGAGUGGUUGCUCCCUGCUCUCACAGGACAGCUCAGCACAUGGAGCACUUGGGCUUUUAAUCUCUGCCAUCUACUUUUUUCUUGGCUAUCUCUAAGGAGAACACAAGACAGCCCUGCUAAGGCCAGGCACAGCUCAGGAUAUCUCUGCCAAGAACUUAGGACUGUGACAUUUAGAAGGGGCAGAAUUUUCAACACCAGCCCCCAGGAUCUGCUAAUAGCAUUUACCACCUAGACUUGGAUUUCCUCACAGAUACCAGCAAGGGGGUGAGAACUCGUCCUUUAUUCAACAGUCAGAUCAAAAGGUUAAAAGACUCAUUCUGGCAUGAAAAAUGCAUCAGUUAAGGACCUGAAAGUGUCCUGGCUUCACUGCUGUGCCACUAAAACUCCAGCUGAAACCUCAGAAUUCCCUCUUAGACCAACGUGAGGAACAGGGUGUCCCUGCUGGAGGCCAGUCAGGGCAGCAAUCACGAGGCUGUGCUGCCAAGGUGACUGAAGAGCAAAGCAGCUCCAACCUUCACCUGCUGCCAGUGACCUUGAGAACAUUGCAUAACCUGCUAAAGCCUCAGAGUCAGAUCAGCCAACUGUACCCAAGUGCCACAGCCAGACAGGUCACACUCUCAGCUCUGAGGGAAGGACAGGUACUCAGGAAGAGGAUAUCUAUAGAAGAGUAAUUUGUCACUGAAAAUCCCGUGGGACACGUGUUGGCUUACCUCACUGCAGCCUCUCCUUGGCCUGGAGGGCAGCCAGUGUCUGGAUCCCCUUCUGCCCAGUCAUGCAGGCCCAGUCCUUUCUAGGCUGCACCCCCUGUUUCCAGGAAUACACACUUGUGCCUUGUCCUUUGGCUGACAAUGUUAAUGCUUUGGUAGCUUGAUUUUAGUAUGAGAAUUAAAUAAAGAACACACACAGGUGAUAGGUCCAAAUAAAUUCUUUUAUUUCUCUGUAAUAAAUACAGUGCUAUCUGAA